AUGUCUAUCUUCAUGUUCUUUGUCUCAACGCUUUAUUGGAUCUCCAAGUUACUCGGUCUCCUCAUGGACAUUGAGGAAAAUAUCAUUCACCCAUCCACACCGAUUUCGAUUUCACCCUUCAAAACCCCAUCCACCCCGCUUACGAUUUCACCCUUCACUCAUUUCGAGGCUAUCUUAAGCUCCGUUGUUCUGAUGAAUUAUGCUCUAACGGAUGGCGUCGUAUUGUGGAGGGCCUGGGCCCUAUGUAGUGCCGACUACAGAAAAUGGCUCUAUGUUCCCCUGUUUUUCUUAUGCUGUGCCUGCACCACGAUAUCUGCCACAAUCGUCGUUAGAAUCACUAUUCAAUCCAUACCACAUGUGGAUGGAACUACCUCCGAUCCUCGAAUCAAGAAAUUGACACGGGCCAUCGAUGUUUUUCAAACCUCAAAUCUCGGGUUUUCUUUGCUCAUGAAUCUAUCAGCGACCGGGUUGAUAGCAUUGAAGGCCUGGCGGUUCCGUCGGUGGAUCAAGUUUGAUUUGAAGGCUAUUCGUGGGCGCAGAACGAGAGGGGAAAAAAUUAUGGUACUCCUGGUCGAGUCAGGAGUAUUGUACUGCAUCUCCAUCAUAACAACUUUAGUCUUUACAUUAAUCAGGUUACCCAUCGGAACCUUGGGGGAUAUCUACACUCCUGUGAACGUCCAGAUUGCGGGGAUAUAUCCACUUGUCGUGUUACUCCUAGUGAACCACGGGCAGUCACUGGAGCAAACGAUGCUCGGGAGAAAUACUAUUACCAACGCCGGGAACCCUCAUUCAUUUGUGGCGGAUAAUAAUCCUGGGACGUUAGAAUCUUUACGUUUUCGCACUGUUCGUCCGAGUAGCGCUUCCCUGGCAGGAACGUUCAGCCGUGGUCAAGUUUGA